CGAGGGAGCCCGGCUUGAUCGCGCAGAGGGCGGCGCUCUCGGAACACGUCAGUGGUGCGCGCCGGCGGGCAGGCAGCUGAUUGGCCCGCGGGGUCGGGGACGGCGCUGGGGAGGCUGAGGCGAGUGGCGGCGCGCGGGCGGUUGGGGCCGGCCGAGGCUGAGGCGUCCGGGGAGCCGCCUGCAGGCAUGGCCGGGGCGUCUGUGCCGGGCAGGAAGCGGAGCGGGCCCCCAGGCCCUCGCCCUGGCCCGCUGCCCAUCCCUGGGCAUCCCCCAAGCAAGCGCGCCCGGAGCUUCCCAGAGGCCGCCGCCGCCCCGGACCCUGAAGACCCAUUCGGCGAGCACGGAGACUUCACCGCCGACGACCUGGAGGAGCUGGACAUCCUGGCGUCGCAGGCCCUGAGCCAAUGCCCACCCGCGCCCCGGGAAGUGACCAGUAUCCAUAAAGUCCCCAGAUUAGAUGGGCUGUCAAAAAAUCCAGCGGGAAAAAACAGCGAAAGUGUACCUGUUGAUAACUUCGAGUUAGAAGUACUUCAGGCACAAUACAGAGAGCUUCAGGAAAAGCUGAAGGCAAUGGAGGAAAAAGUCCUCCUGAAGAAUGGAGAGAUUAAGAUUCUGCGGGACUCACUGCAGCAGACAGAAUGCACUUUGGAGGAGCAGAGGAGAUCACAUUUCCUACUGGAGCAAGAGAAAGCCCAAGCACUCAGUGACAAAGAGAAAGAAUUCUCCAGAAAGCUCCAGUCAUUGCAGUCUGAGCUCCAGUUUAAAGACGCCGAGAUGAAUGAACUAAGGACCAAACUUCAGAGCAGUGAGCGAUCACACAGACUGGCAGCUCCCUCCACAGGCCAUGUCAGUCCUAGGAAAAACCCUUCUGUGGUUAUUAAACAAGAAGUGUGUUCUCCACAAUUUGGAAAAACAUCUUUCCCUACAAAGGAGUCUUUCAGUGCUAAUGUGUCCCUUCUCCACCCAUGCAAGACAGAACCCGGACACCAGGCUCUUCAGGGCAGAGAGGUUUCAGAUAAGACCCACAGUAUGAGAAAUGAGCCCGUAAGGGAAGAAGUGACCCAGCAAACUCUUCUGGACAGCUGGAUACGGAGACCAAGCCCUCCAGGUUCCAUUUUGAUAAACCUGCUCCUGAAGCAGCCCUUGGUCCCAGGGUUCUCUCUCAGUCUUUGUCACCUUCUGAGCAAUUGUGCAGAGGGUCCUAUUGGUCCCCUCUUGCAGCCAGCAGGCCACAGUGCCUUGGCUGGGAUUUCUGACUCCAGGAUAAUGGGCUCUCGUGAUGGGUCACCUUCCCUCUCAGCCCUGCGAGAAGCACAGAGCCUGGCGCUCACUGGACUCAAUCUGGUUGCCAGGAAUGAAGGCUCCUGUGAUGGAGACCCAGCAGACGAAGGCAGAAGGACCUUUCCACUUGGCCGGCUUCCUGGAGCCGUGCAUCUCCUCCCCCUUGUACAGUUCUUUGUUGGCUGGCACUGCCAGGCUCUGCACGAUUUGGCAGCGGCUAAGAGAAGUGGAGGCCCUGGGAACUCCCCGACACAAGCACCUGGCAUGAGCUCCAGGGUGGAGGCCAGCCCUGAAGACACCGUUUGCAACCUGGAAGACUUCUCUGUGGCCUCGCUUUGUGUUCUUCAGCACCUGGUGUGCCACAGCGGGGCAGUUGUCUGCAUGUUACUGUCAGGAGUCGGGGCGGACCCUGCUGCUGGGGAAGGAAGCGGGGCCCUAGGGCCUGGACACAGCCAUGGUGUUGCAGCCUCAGCCUCCAGGGCAGCUGCUGCUGACCAAGGACAGCAUCCACUACUGAAGAUGAUUCUUGACCUGCUAGCACUCUGCUCCUCCACAGGUCACCUCCAAAUGGCUGUCCUAAGUCAGUGCCUUAAGGUUUUGGUGAAAUUAGCUGAAAAUGCUGCUUCUCAUUUCUUGCCCAGGUUCCAGAGUGUGUUGCGGGUGCUGCCUCAAAGCCUCAGCCCAGACACACCCCUGCCCUGCAUACUGCUGACCGUCCGCCUGCUCGCGCUCCUGGUGGAUGACGAUACACUCGCCCCGCGACUCUGUUCCCACUCGGAAGGCUGCCUCCUGCUGCUGCUCUACAUGUACAUCACGUCAAGGCCUGACCCCACAGCCUCCAACUCUCAGUGGCUUCAGCUGGAACAAGAGGCCGUGUGGCUCCUGGCUAAACUUGGUGUGCAGAGCCUUUCCCCACCAGUCACUGGGUCCGACUGCCAGUGCAGUGUGGAGGUGGUCCGAGCCCUCACCGUGAUGCUGCAUAGACAGUGGCUGACACUGCGGAGAGCAGAGACCGUGCCCAGGACUGCGCAGCAGAGGCGGACAGUGCGCUGCCUGAGGGACACAGUGCUGCUGCUGCACAGCCUGUCGCAGAAGGACAAGCUCUUCACCAUGCACUGCGUGGAGGUCCUACACCAGUACGACCAGGUGAUGCCAGGGGUCAGCACACUGAUCCGGGGGCUCCCUGAUGUGACAGACUGCGAAGAGGCAGCCCUGGAUGACCUCUGCGUGACAGAGACAGAGCUGGAAGACCACGAGGCGGACUGCAGUUGAGGCCCGUCAGGCCACAGGGUGGCGCAACUUCCACUGCUUGCCUCCACUGAUUAAAAGCGGGGACUGCAGUUCCUGCUGUGAACA